GACAUCUAAAAAAAAAAAAAAAAAAACAGACCUAUUUGAGGUGUUUAAACUAUAACUUACAUAAAAAGCACAAGUUAUAAUUAAGUAAAAAUUGCAUAUAUCUGUGCUAUUAUGCAGCACUAAUGGAGUUUGCUGUAUAAAACAAUGACAGCAGGUGCAGAUGUGACAAACAUACCACAACAUCUGACAUAAAAGGCUAAAUAUGCGGAUGAAUCCCUCAGUGACAGCCUGGCUCUCCAGAAGUCCCUGACACCCCUCUGCACACAUUUGUUCUCAACAUGCCACUUCACUUUCUCCCGGCACCGCGCACUCUUUUAUUUUGGCUUUUCCUGUCCUCGGCAGUACACGUUCUUGCAGCUCGGGAUGCAUUUCAAAUCUCGUCUCUCAUACCAGCCCGUCCCCGCUGCCAGAUUGGUUUUCACACAGUCCCGGCCCCUCCCUUGCUACCACGGCGACGCAGCUGUCACCUGUCAGUUUCGUGGUAGGGGAUGCGCAACCGGCCUGUUAUGGCUCAGAAUAGCAUUGUGGGAGAGUUUUGCUGGAAGUGGGGAGAGCACGGCAACCAAGUCUUUGAGAGAAUGAACAGUUGACUAGGAAACUAUCUCAACUAUAUAGGAAUGUAGCAUAUGUGUGUUCGGAGGUUACGGGGUGCCGCUCAUGGGAGAGACUGACCGCUUCUACAGGGGGAGAGACUCUGGUUCACAUUGCAUUGAAUGGAUGACCAGGACAGAGUAAGCCAAGCAUCCAGUGUGGCCACAAUAUCCUAUUUUCCUGUCAUUAAGGAAGGUGAUGGGAAGGUGCAAACAUUUGGGAAACGAUGUCAGGCUGCCAAGAGGGACCCCAACUGUGCCGUGGUCAUCAGAGGAUGGCUCAACAAAAAGGACAGCUCUGGUUUAAAGCUGUGGAAGAGAAGAUGGUUCGUCCUCUCCAACUACUGUCUGUUUUAUUACAAAGACAGCAGAGAAGAAUCAGUGCUGGGCAGCAUCCCACUCCCGAGCUACAAAAUCCUGUUCUGCACGCCGCGGGAAUGCAAGAACAGAAAGUUCACCUUCAAGGUGGUGCACCAGGGAAUGCGCUCUUAUUUCUUCAGUGCUGACACUCAGGAGGACAUGUUGGGUUGGGUCCGAGCCCUCAGUCAGUCUGCUUCCAUGGAGCCAGACAGCACCAUGAACAGACGUUGCUCAAGUUAUCAGGAUUUUACGCAGAUAGGUGGCAGCACUGAAUCGGUGGACUUCCCCAAAGCCCCCUCAGAUGAAGAGGGUCCCCCCCGAAAACACCGGCACGCCAGCAGAACCCUAAGUGAACCAUAUCAGCUGAGCGGAGGGAGGAUGGGGAGGUCGCAGUCAGAGCACAGGGAGAGGUGGGGUGGACUUCAGAGAAACACCAGCCCUUCAAACAGAACCCCCAGCCCUCCUGAAUUCAGCAGAAGACGAGCUUACUGUCCAAACAAAGAGGAAGAUUCUCUCCCCGGUCAAGACAUGCCACCACAAACAGACGCGAUGGGGACGACCUCAAGAGGCCAACUGGGGUCUCGACCUCACACGCCAGUGGGACGGGUGGACAUCCGACCCCAUGAUGACCCGCUCAUGGGGCCACAGACCCUGUACUACGCACCUGCUUCACCCAAGCUGGAGUUCAACUCCACUCCUACAACACCAGUCACAGAAAGGUGGCAAAGUCUGAGCAAGCCUGUUCCUACUUAUGGUUCUGUCCAUCACAUAUCAAGUGGGCGAAGACCUUUGGGAAAGAGCUACUCCACAGGGGCACAGGCAGACUUGCUGCCCCCUUUACCCCCCUCAUCGAGAGCUGCACAUGCCCCCCACCCCCCACAACACCACCACCACCAUCAUCACCAUCACCGCAGCCAUUUAUCUGUUUGUGUGCUACCGCAGGCUAUGGCUCCGAAACCUGACCCGAGGGAAAUGCCACCGAUCCGGCCUCUUGAAAGUGACGCAGAUGUCGUGCUGACGAGGUUGUGUGGGUGUGACAAGCUGCUGCAGUCUCUGUCCGUCGAACUGGCCCAGUUACAAAUGGAUAAGGACAGUGUCCAGUGUGCAUUAGAAGUGUCCAGGAUACAACUAGAAGAGUGGAAAAGUCAGGGGCCUCGAGCACACGAAGAGGUUCUGACCCAGAAGGCUUUGCUCCAAGAAGAGCUGGUCACAAUCCGGGCCAGAAUGUGUGACGUGUCAAUGGAAAUGGAGCGAGUAUGGAGUCAGUAUGAGAGGAUGGAGAGUGAACUGUCCGUUAUACGUUCACACCUUCAGCACAUCUGUAACUUUGGCAUGCCACAGGAGCAGUCUCAGGCUCAGAGAGAGCUGUGGAUGAUGGAGGACAUCCUCGCUGGACUGAAGGUCAACAGGGAUCAUUUCCGCUUCCUGCUGGGACUACAGAGACACCACAUGUUCCAGUCUGCAGCUCCACAUCCUGGGUCCCCUGGUUCUCCCACAGAGAGGCUGCAGAGUGGACUGCCAAUGGACAUGGAACAAGAGCCGCCAGUCCGCCCACCGUUACCCCAGGAGCUACAGGAAAGCCACCAGAGCAGGGACCAGGGCCACGGUUGGAGCGAGUCACCAUACGAGGGAAUCUACAGCCACACUGUUGAUCCUACGCACAGAAGAGGAAACAGUCAGCCUGACCUCCUUAACGUGAAAGCACACAGAGACGCAUCCGAAUCCCAGCCCGGUUCAAAGUGGAUCCCACCAGACACAACCAACCAAUCAACCAAGAAGAUGAAAAUGAAAAUGAGCGAAGAGGAGCAGAUUGAGAGGAUGAAGAGGAAUCAGGAGAGGAUGACUAACAGGAAGAAACCUCCCAUACCUGCUCCAAGCACCCAGACCCAGAGUCAAAGUUCAGAAACAAAGGAAGAGGCCCCCUUUCCCUUAAGGGUGACACGAGUUGUGACAGCCGUCCUGCCGUCCUCGCUGGUGGCCAGACGAGUUUCUGUCGAGGAUCCCCCGGCUGAGCUCGACAUCCCACUGCCCGAGCAGAUCCCACCCGAGAUGCAGCAAAAACUGGCUGAGCAGAACAAGAAGCUGUUGAACAAGCCACCCAGGCGGCUGUUGUUGGACAGCCCCGAUCAGACCCGGGCCUCGGUGGAGAUGAGCCCGGAUCAGCCCGUUAGAAAAACUAGCAGAAUGCAGCAUCAGGGAGCAUCCAGGAUCCCCAAGAAGGAGUCGCGUUCAGAAGCGAGCAGAGCCGAAAGUACAUCAAGCAACCAAGUUCAGGACCAAGCAGGUUUAGGAAAUGGAAGCGAAAGCUCGAGUCUCAGGGGAGACGAUCGCUCUUCUGUCCUUCUGACCCCUGACACGGACCCUGACCCCUGUCUGACCCCUGAACAGCGAGAGGCCAAGCUCCGACGAGUGGAACGAAUACGAGAAAGAGUCAUACGGAGCGCAGUCAGAGAGAGUGCUACUACACACAACCAAGUCCCAAUCAGGGGACAGCGGAAGGACGUUCACCAGGAUCGCCCUGAUACAGCGAGAAAACAAAGAAUGAAAGCAGGCCAUGAAUCUCACAAUAGCUAUGGAAGCAGUGAGAAUAAUUUCAGAAGUUCUGCAGAACUUCAGCUGUCUAGCACAACAUCUCAGGAUGACGAUGAAGAACAACAACAUGUUAAAAAAUCUAAAACUCAGGUCAAGUUUGGGAACAAAGCACAGCACAGUGGGAGAGCAGGGGUUGCCAAAACCAAAAUCAAACGUCCGGAUUCACCGUAUCACGUCUCAUCCAUGAUUGUCUACCAGAAAGAUGGAGGAAAAGGGUUCAUAAGUUGCAAGGACGAUGAGCAGAAGAAGCUUGAAGAACCUGCUGACGAUGAUAAUGAAAGUGAUUUCAAGUCCUCUGAUCUGAGAUCCAAGUGGUUCCUCUCCACCAACCAGUGGCAAGGGUUCAUGCCUCUGCAGAUCCCCGGCAUAGAAACACUGUGCAAUGAGGAGACGGCAGACAUGGAGACUCAACCAGCUUGCUCUGAUGACAAUAAUGAUUCCAAUGAAAUGUCAUCAACAGUGAGUGAAAGCUUAGAGAAAAUGAAAGAGAACCAUUCACUCUUCUACAAGAUUGCAUGUGACAUCAGUAUUUCCGACUCGGACAUAACAAAGAAUGAUGUGAAUCCAUGUGCUCAGACAUCGUCUAGGCCAGAAGAGGAGGAAACACUGCUGAUCACUGAAUCUGAUGGGGCUGGUAAUGGUGGGACAUCAUCCGACCAAGAGAGCAAGGAUUCCACGCAGCAUUUGACAUCAGAUGUUACUGAAAACAAUCAAACAGCUGAUAACAAAUCCCAAGAUUCAACAGGGGAAAUCGAGGAGAAAGCAGCAAUAACAACUACAGCAAAUCCAUCAGAAGAGGAAUGCGUUAAUGAAAAGAUCACUCCAAACGAAUACGAGGACAACUCAGGGCAAGAAAGCAAGCUGAAAGUUGCAGAAACCAUCGAUGAAGCUCGUGUUCAGGACGCUGAUUCAGAUCAGACCCUGGACAAAUGUGCAAAGACAAAAGAGCCAGAAGAAAAGAAAGAGGACCAAGAAAGAGGUGAAGAAUUAAGGAAAUGUAGAAGCCUAAGUGCCGACAACUAUGAGAUUAUGCAAGAAAGAGGUGACAAACACGUUGUCGCUCUAUCCAGCUCUUCGUUUGAGGGCGGAAGUGUGAUUCGGAGUGCUUCCUUUGGGAAGGCAAGAGUAACUGUACUGAGGACAAGUUUGUAGAAGCAAGAACAGUGGCGACUUAAAGAGCUUAAGUGAACGAACUUGGGAAGGACAAGAACACAGUUAAGUGAUUUAUCGUAACGGAAAAUGAGAACGAAUGAGGACUUGGAAGGGUUUUGACCUAACUUAGAGUUAGAAUUUCUUUAAUGGGAACAGAGAAAAUCAGAAAUGGAGGUAAUAUAUCGUAAACUUGAACAUUUCCAUUUUCAUUAGUAGGAUAUCAGCGCAGACACAAUGGAAAGUCUUAAUAUAUCAUCAAAAUACAACUAUGUAUGCAAAUAUACUGUAGUUCUUGCAGCUGAUGGUACAAACCAAAUACGUCAUGUAUGGUUGUUGUCAAAUACGUGUCCAGUGUUUGAAGUUAACACAUUCAUUCCUCUCAAAAUACGCAUCUAACGCAACACAGGAAUUAUAGACGAUGGCUGCUUUUGGUUCGGCAACAUAACCCUGUCACCGUAACAAAAUGUGUUUUGUAUCACAGAUUGUAUCCUGAUUGAAUAAACAUGUUGUGUGCUACAUCGAGA